UCACACACCGGCACAACUCAAUUGAAAUGUCAAAAUUUGCCUAAGAGCUCCGACUUAGUUAUAUUUUUACUUAUUGUUUAGUGUGCGCAUAAGUUUUAUAGUAAAAAUGGAUUGGUUCGAAAUGGAAUUAGAUGAGAAACGAAGCUCAGCAGACCGCGGAAUUCUUGUCCACGACGACCGCACCGAUUACCUUGGUGGCAUCAUCUAUGGCGGCCAGUGGGGAUGGAUGACAAACAGGUACGCUAAGGACGCCAUUCUGGUGAUCUGUACGCUGAGUGAGGGCAACCCCAUUAUGGGUCACGUAUUCUGGAGGGAAGACGAGGAAAACGGUGGCAAGCGCUGCAGCAUCCGCUGUGUGGAGGAACUCUUUCCGGGCCAAAGCGACGGCAUGACACUGCUCGCCGUCUGCCUGGAGACGUGGAGCGACAAAGAGAGCCAACCCGAGAACUGUGACAAGGCCCAGACACAGAUUGCCAUCCUCUCGACACAAUACAGUCAGGUGCUGCGCUACAUCGACCUGGAUGGCCUCUACUGCAGCACCCUCACAUUUCUGGACACCCGAAUCCGCCAGCGCACGCGCCUCCAAAACUUUGAUGGCUGCCUGGCGGUGGGCACCGUUUCGGGAGCGGUUCUACUCUGCGAUAUAAAACGCAGCGCUUUGAUUACAGGUCGCAGUCAGAACAUAAGACUCCCACGGAGUGAGAUCGACUGUGGCCAGGUGAUCCGAAGACACUCCUCCGAGUGCUCCAUGGACCAAAUAAACACUUGGCUGCAGGAAUGCCCCAACGACGGCCACUUGGCAGUGGAGUUGAGUGAGGAUGUGGCCAAGGGCGAGGUGCGUUGUCUCAUUUGCGUUAAUUCCAUCACUGGCAUUGCCGUUGGCCUCAAGGAUGGCCGCAUUGUGAUCUACGAUCUGGAGAGUUUUGACAUUACCCGUGUGAUACGUCCCCCGGGGGACUUGGCUUGCAGUGUGGAGCGACUCUGUGACGUUGUGCCGCCAGAUGAUCCCAAGCCGUGCCUCUUCAUAUUCGGCGUAUACAGUGGGGCCAGCAAUACGACCGCUCUGCUCCACUGCAUCCACUACAGACACUCCUAUGCGGAUGCACAGAGCAAUGAACUCUACUUUAAGAACUUUAAGAGCUCCGAAACGUGCGCUCGUCUGAUGCUCGAUGACGGCCAUAUCUCAGUGCUGGGCUGCACAACGGCCUCGACAUUCAGCUUUUCGGGCGACAAUGGCACCCUGCUGGUCAUCAUCGGCUGGUACUCGCACCAGACGAAGACGAACAAGCUGGUGCUCUUCGACAUGAAUCAGUGGUACAAGGACGAGAUGCCCAACUGCCUGCAUCUGCUCGAUGAGAAGCCCUACUUUGUGGUCGGCUACACGCUGACUGGCAAGGACCCAGGCCUCGGCUUUCACCUCAACGCCAGAUCAAUUAAGCAUUUCAUAUCGUUGCAGCGCUACGACGAGCACUUCUAUCCGAACUCAUUGACCUUUGAUUUGUUCCUGCUCACCGCUAGGCGUCACCAGUACCAUGUUCACGUGGGGUCGCAGCAUAGCUUUCUGCGUAAAUUGCAGGGCCAGAACGCCACAAUAUUUCUGUAUGCGGACGACACACACGCGGAUAUUGUACGCCUGCGUCUCAUGCCUCAGUUCGGUGAGCUAAAUCCCGAUGCCACAUUCUCCAAGCGGGCCAUCUAUGAGGAGAUCCUGUCGGUGGCCCUCGAGCAUGGAUGCAUGGGAUUGCUGAAGAAUUGUGCCAAGGGCUGGAUCGAUGGCAGCUACAUGUUCAACCUGUGCAUUCCCACAGAACUCACACUGUUGACCUUCACCGCCUGGAUUGUGAAGCGCGCCGCCCAGACCAAGACGCGCUGCUCGGAGCUGUGCGAAAGCAUCUUUGACUACGGCGGCUAUCCGCUGGACGAGCGCGAGCGCAAGGAGCUCAAGGCUCUCAAUGGCCAGCUGGGCAAUUUGGACAACCUGCAGGCGUUCAUUCUGAACUUGGGCAGGCGCAGGCUGGCGCCUGCGAUCAUCAGUGAAAUCGAGGAUAAUGCACAGCGGAUUCGCACAUUUUACACCUAUCAGCGAGUGCUUUUGUUCUUCAUUGAGUGGGGACUGUUGCCAGAGGGUCAGCAGGAGCAUCAGCCUUCGGCUCUGGCUCAGCUACAAUCUAUCUACGUCAAUAGACACACGUCUGUGGAUGAUCUUCCAUACAUCAAUGGCCUGCUGCGUCGCAUUGGCCAGGAGACGGGCAGCGGUGCAGCCGUGGCCCUCAUCUAUCCACCACGAACACUGCACUUUCUCUUGCAUUUGAUGUUGGCGUUCAACACCGAUUUGGACAACAAGCACGAGGUCAUCUUGUAUCUGCUCUACGAUCUGGAUGUUGUCCAGCCGGCGGGCGUGAAACUUAGCGACAGAUUCGAGGCCUCUUUCGGUCUCAAAACGCAGCUCGUGACGCGUGUCAAGUCGCUCUGGCACCUGGAGCACCAUAAUCGUGAUGAAUGCAUGAAAGAGCUCUCGAGCUCAUUGUGCCCGGAUAGUCCAUACCAGAGCUGGCAUGUGGAGCUGCUGGUGAAGGAGCUGCUGGCCAAGGGCGCCAUUUCGGAUGCCAUGAGUGUGGUGUAUCGGCCACCGGGUCCGCUUGCCUCGCUGACGCGCUUGAAGGUGCUCAUGGCCAGCAAGAACAUACCCGAGGCCUUUGAGUAUGCACGCCGCAAUGACGACGAUGAAACGGGCCGCCCGCUGCUGGAGUACUUCUUUCGGCAAUCGAUUGAGAUGCGCCAGUUCAAGGCGCUGGCCCAGCUGUGCAUGCGCGACGCGGAGGAGGAGCUCGCCCUGCACCUGCUCAGGGAGUGCAGGACACCGGUGACGGACAGCGUUCAGUUGAUUUUGCUGCUGCAAAAGUGCAAGUACAUUGAGGCGGUCUCCUUCAUGGAUGAGGUGGCCGCCGAGCGGGAGAUUGCCGAUGAGUCCAGCCGUGCCAUCAUCUAUGCCUAUCGCUCAACGAUGAAUCCCGUUUCGCAGACCCUUGCCGGUGAUUAUUUUCGCAUACGCGAGAACUUGGACGUGGCGCCGGCAGAGAACGUGCAUCCGGUGCCCUUUAGCUGUCAGCUGGCCAGGGACUAUGCCAGUGGACUGCGGGGCGGCGUCUUCCAGAGCUCUGCCCUCGGCGCACGCUGGGCCACGGUCAACAGCACGGACUCGGCGCCAAAAGCAAAAGGACCAAUGCCCUGCCACCAGGUGCCCUUCCUGCGGAGCUCGCUGUACGGCCUCAGCCAGCUGCCACAUCGUCGACGCACAGUGCGCCCCGUGCCCCACCAGGCGGUGGAGAAGCGUGUACGCGAGCAGGAGGAAUCUGAGCUAACUGUCGGCACCGCCACCCAGUCGAAGAUCCUGCAGCCAUCGAAGCGCCGCCGCUUGCUGAACGAACAGCUUGUGGAGGGCGUGUGCGACUUUGUUGGGGAUAAGUUGAAUCCCAAAACGGACCAAGACCGGAACGACGCCGAACAGCAGCAGCAGCUGGCCAAUGAGCUGCUCCAAUUGCCGUCGUAUUUGCGUCUCAAGAGAACGCCGCAACAGCCGAAGACGCCGCCGGUGACCAUACUGAAGCGUCGAACGGCUCUCGAGGCAGUGGAAGGCACGCCGCCGAUGGCCACAUCAACGUCCAUGGGGGAGGCAAAGCGAUUACGCUUCAUGCCGCCAAAGCCAUUGCCAGGCCAUCUCUCUAACGAAGCCAUGGAGGUGGACAGCUUGUUGAAUCGCCAACAGGCAGAUGAGGUGGACUUGGAUGAGGAUGAGGAGGAGGAGGAGGAGGAGACUGACGAGAUCAUUGUAGAGAUCGAAUCGGCAAGUGAUUUCCAACGCCCCAACUCGAACAGCAACCAGUCGUCGGAGGAGGAGGAGGAGGAGGAUGAGUUUGUGUCGCCCCUAACUUCUCCACAUGUUUCGUUGGUCAGUCCACGACUGAAGGUAGCUCCAGAGCCAACACAUGCGACGAUGGUCCAACCCAUGGCUCCGCCGGCUGGACCCCAGCCCCGCAGCUCGCUCAUUCAGGCGGGAAGGAGCGAGAGCAGCAGCGGCUUUGGUAGCUUUGCCUCGAUCCUCACGGCCGAGACGGCAUCCCACGAGUUUGUGCCCACUGUCUGCUCCUCGAAAAUGGGUGCACAGUCGACAUUUUCCAUUGGUGCAGCCACCGCCACCGCCAGCGCCACAGCCACCGCCAGCACCUCUGUGAAGAUCUCUGAGCGUACCACCAUCUGCGGCGAGAUGGACGAGACGGAGCCAGAGUCAGCCACAACGGACUGGUACUCGUCGCCGUCGGUUCGGUUGGAGGAGCACGAGCCGGAGCAAGAGCACCAAGAGCUACAAAUGCUGGACACCACUCUGGGCAUGUCCACAUACGAUGUGACGGCACCUGAGCAGCGGGAGGAGGCGCAUUUGCUGACCAAAGACGAGGAUGAUGAUCAUGAAAUGCAAGUGCAAGUGGUGGAGGUGACCGACGAGGAGGAAGAGGAGGAGAUUCAACUAGAGGAGAUCGACGACGAGGACGAGGAGGUGGAGCAGGAGCAAGAGCAGGAGGAAGAGGAGGAGGAGGAGGAGGAAAAGGACCCAGGACUAAUGGAGGAGUAUCUGCAAGAGACGCAGGAUGACGAUGCCCAGCUGGCGGCGAGGCCCAGCAGCUUGAAUCGAACCUACAUGGGCAGCUCCGAUGAUCCGCCGCAGGAGCGCAGCUCCUCGCCAUCCCUCAGCCUGAGCAGCAUGUCGUGCAUGUCCUCGGCGCACUUCAUGCCGGAGAUGAUGCAGAGUGGCGAUGCCAUGUACUCCAUUGUAAUCGAAUCCACGGCCUCCGUCACCACAUCGCGCUCGGUCACGCACACGCACACGCCCACCUCCUUCCUGCCCAGCGACACGAACGUAUCGCAGAACUCGAGUCCGCGGGCAACGCGCGGCACUGGUGGCGAUGGCUCGCCGCCCGCCCUGUACCGGGCCAAUAGCCUCGAGACUGUCGACGAUCUGGACACCACCAAGGGCUCCCUGGAGGAGGAGGAGGAGGAGGAAGAGGACGAUUGUGUGAUCGCCCUCGAUGGUACUCGGGUGGGCGGCUAUGUGGCCCGACCCACGCCCCAAUCGGCGCCAUCCAGCAGCGCCGAACUGUUCGCCUUCAAGGACGACACGCAGAAGGAGCGCGCCUCCGUGGACGGUCCCUCGCUCUCCGUUGGAGCCACGGCCACAUCUCCAUCCAUUGUCAUCCUGGACAGCAGUGAGGAUGAGGCCGAUCAAGAGGAUGAAAUUAUGCUCGAGGUUCAGGCUGAAAUGAAUGCCGAGUCCGAGGCUGAAGCUGAAGCUGAAGCCGAAACCGAAGCUGAAGCCAAGGCUGAAACGGAAACUGAAGCUGUAACAUACUUAGAUUCGGAUUCGGGAUCCGAUUCUGUAUCAGAUACCGGCUCCGGUAGGCUCUUAUCCAUGUCACCAUCCUCGACGGCCUCUGGAUCCAGUUCCACUUCAAAGUCCUCAACCAUUGGCGCUGCAGCAGCCGCCAAGAAGUUGCCGUUGGCACCGCUGCCCGAGAUUGCGGAGGACAUGGAGCUUGAGCUGGAGAUGGAAGUUCCCGCAGACCACGAGGAGGAAUCUGAAUCAAAAGCCGAGCAAAAGGAGGAGCAGCAGGCCGAGAAAGAACCGGAGACGGUGGCACAUGAUGACGACUCCAAGCAAAGUCUCACGUUGGCCUUCUCUGACGAUGAGGAGGAACGUGCUCCUACAGGUGCAACCGCCGCCGCCGCAGCUGCUCCAGUUGCCACACGCGCGCUUCGCCCACGCGCCAAAUCUAUGAACAGUCCAGUCCCGCCAACGCCGCCAAAGGCCACGCUACGCGUGCGCCUACGCAGUGACGACUGUCCGCCCAGUGGCUCUGCAGGCAGCCUCGACCGAGCCGUGUCCACGCCACCAGUGUCCACUCCGAAGCGUCGCCAUGCGGCACUGCGCAAGUAUUCGCUGGAGGUGAUCGACGAGCAGAAAUCUCUGGGCUCUGGUGGCCCAUCAAAUGUGCGUACGCGUGCGCGCACCCAACUAAGCAUGGAGCGAGAGCCAGAGCCAGAGCCGGAGACGGACACUCAAGCUAAAUCGACGCGCAGCAAGCGAGCCCACUCCACGGCUCCGCAGUCGACAACCACAACAAAAACUGAGCGCCGGCAGAGUCGUGGCGCCAGCGAGCCACCCGUGAAGUCAACAAGCAAAAAGCGGACCAGGAAGCGAAGCACAGCCGAGGAGAAGCUGCCCGAAGCUGCCGAGCUGGCGUCAGUGCCUCCGGUGCGACGCACCAGCCGACGCCUCAGCUCGGGUCUAAGCGAUCAUCAGCCGUCGCCCUCGACCACCCCCAUACCGGAGACAAGUGGACGCGAGCUACGUCCUCGUCGCAUUCGAACUGAUUCGGAUUCCGUAUCAUCGCCCGCCACUCGAACAGCCACACCAACGCCAAAGCAGGUGAACAGCGAAGCCAAUGUGCCCCUCAAGAAACGCGGGAGACCUAAAAUUAUGGAUGAAGGCGAUGGCAAGUCCAAGAAGUAAGUUUUAGGAGAAGAUGAACCACCCCGCAACACCCACACACCACAACCACGAGCAGACAUUAGGGAAACGCUUGUAUUAUUUCAUGGUUACCCCCCGCCUCACGCGAUGGGGGCUUACGUUUUGUUUAUGUUAUAGUUUUAUUGACCGAAAAUUGCUAAAAUUAGCGGGAGAAGUGUUUCGAAAUGCAAAUAAAGAGUUCCAAUUGAUGGU